AUGCAAGGCUUCCAAGACUUUGACCCUGCAAAGGAUAUUCGUGACCUUCUAGGUAAAGUCAUAUUGAUAACCGGGGGCACCGCGGGUUUAGGAGAAGAAAGUGUUCGAGCAUUUGCGGCGCAUAAUCCCUUACACAUCUACUUUACAGGCCGCAAUGUCGCUGCUGCGGACAAACUGAUGUCUGAAAUAAAAGCCAAGCACCCAACAGCAUCGCUGAGCUUUAUCAAGAUGGACCUCUCAUCCCUUCGCGCAGUGAAGGAGAGCAUCGAGGAAGGGUUCAAACAUGAUCGCCUCGACAUCUUGAUGAACAACGCUGGCAUCAUUGCGAAACCAGCAGUUUUGAGUACUGAUGGUUACGAGAUCCAGUUCGCGACGAACCAUCUCGGCCACGCGAUGCUCACCAAGCAGUUGUUGCCUGUCUUGCUCAAGACGGCCAGAGAGCCAGACUCAGACGUCCGUGUCAUUUCCAACACAUCUGCAGGUUACGAGUUCCAUCGUGCCAUUAAAGGUGGCAUUUCUUUCGCCGAGCUUGAUGUGGGAGGUACAAUGUCACGGACGGUGCUAGGUGCAUGGAUCCGUUAUGGACAGUCCAAACUCGCGAAUAUCCUCUUCGCGAAGGAGCUUUCCCGUCGUCAUCCAGAGCUUACGUCCGUAAUCAUUCACCCUGGACUCGUCAAAACACCCAUGAACACUGAGAUGGCCGGCCUAAGCAAGUUUUUCGUCAAUGUGACGUCACGGCUAUCGGGUGAGAACUGGCUUGCGCCGCACCAGGGCGUUUUGAACCAACUUUGGUGUGCGGUUGGGGCGGAGAAGGAAGCCUUGAAGAAUGGAGGAUACUACACGCCGGUGGGUGUAGAUUCGACCGAGAAAUUGACGGCGGAGGCUAGAGAUGAAGUUUUAGCAGCAAGGUUGUGGGAUUGGACGGAGAACGUGCUCCUGAAAGUCUAA